GUGUCGUGUGACGAAUUCAAUCUCUCCUUAAUUUUUAUUUUCAUCAACAUCAACAUUAGAGACACAUUAAAGUUGAUUUAAAUCUUAUGAGUCUAGCGAGGGAGCUCAGCGUUUCAGCGGACAAACUGAGCGAUUUUAUUUCCUCUGAUCCAUAACCCGAGACUGGGGGACAAAAGAAAGAAAAGACGACAACACAGACAAGGUCUCAAAAAGACACUGGCGAACGUGCACUAAUGGAAGUCUCUAUGCAACGCAUUGACAAGCGGCCGUUCACCUUCACGAAGAUCCUCGGACCGUGGUCGAACGCUGCCCACCCGAUGCAAGGCCUUCGUCUUCUGGCGGAGUACUUGUGCUCCGCCGGUCUGGUGACGGCUCUCUGAAAGCUCCCAUCAUCACCCCCUCAUCCUUUCCUAACGCGAAAUAGGGCAGUGUACCGCCUCAGCGGCGCUAAAUCUCUAACCCCAUCAUCAUCCGAUAGAAGCGGAUCAAGGACGGCAAUCUUCUGGAUCUAGCAUCAACAGGGUGAAGUCCAAAGAGACAUAAAUAAUUCGGAAAGAGAUGCACGACGCUAUCCUGAAAGGAUACUUUGAUUGCGAGGAAUACUGAAAAGGAAUGGUAUGCGUGAGAACGAAGACAACUAAAGUGUAACUAAACCAUGAAGAGGAAGGAACCGUCAGGCACUGAGGGAGAAGGGCAGCAAGGAGGAAAAUCCUUUAAAUCUAGCAUCAACAUCGAAAAGUCCCAAAAGACGGCAACUGUUCGGAAAGCGAUGCACGACGCGAUCGUCAAAGGAGACCUUGGUGAGGUGAAAAGAUGCCUGGAAAAGAACAAGGAUAUAAGACAGUGGCUGGACCCAGCGACUGAAAAAUCAGCGUUAUGUAAAGCCGCUGAGGAGGGGCGAUCUAAAAUACGUGCCUAUCUCGUGCAUCGCAACUGCACAAUUAACACAGAGAAAAAAGGAGAAGAAAGAGUGUCGUUCGAGCAGGUCAAGCGAGAAAAAACCCUCCAGGAUCUCGAAUACCGUUACCAACUGUGUUGCAUGGUGCCCAAAUGCGGGUUUAUUUCGCACCUAGUAAGUAGAUCAUCAAGCAAAACGGGUUGUGACGGGUUCGAAAAUAAAAUUACCAAAUACUACGAGGCACUGCAAAAAAUUGCGAUGGUGGACACUAUACUUCAGGUUGCAGCUACAACAUCGUGGUUAAAUGUCAUAUUCGAUUUUCAAAGUAAAGACUUAGGCUGCAUCAUGAGUCACAUACGCGGGACCGUCUGGGGCGUGACUCUUUCAAGAGAAGAAAGUAUCUACCUCGGGGCAAAGAGGGAGGAGCGUGAUCUUUUAGGAACUAUGGCGCAUGAAUUUUGUCAUUUUGCUCUGAACCUGGUGUACGGAAACGAUGGGAAGCCCUACAAGCGAGAGGACGAAGAGCGACGUGUCCGCUACCAGCGCAUCCUCGAUGAGAUCAGGCCACGGAAACACAGUGUGCACAGUGUGAUACAGAGGGCGUUUCAGAACAGCAGUGUUGAAGAACAGGAAUUGGUUGUUCGGAUUCCGCAUGUGCUUGCAAUGCAAUCCGAAAGAUGUGGCACCAGUAGAGCAAAAGGUGUGGUAGAGGCCACGUUAGGAGAGAAGCUUUUGCAAAAAGAAGUUCCUCUACUGUAUCAAUUCUACAAGGACUUCAUCAUUCCCGACAUGGAAGCGUUCAUCACGAAGAAUCGCUCGGGAAAAGAUAAAGAACAAAUACAGCAACAAAACGUACGAUUGCGUAAAGCUGAGAGAGCAAGUAAGCUCGAAAUCGAGUUUAAGACCAAGUACGAGUUACGAGACGAGCCACUUGUCGUUCUCACAGCUCCUUACUUAUCUUACCUCGAAGCAAAGAUUAACGACGCUGUUAGAUUGAAGGGAGAAUCGUACGUACUCCUCGACAUCAAGCAUUGGGACAGCGAACUGAAGGCAGCGUUGAAGACAUACAAGUGUCACUAUGUGGUCCUAUCGUCUGAGCCAAAAUACAAGAUGGAACUAACAGUCCAAAAAGAGAUUCAGGACUUGUUGAAAGAUUUAAGUGACGACAGGGGUACAAGAGUUAUCGUGUUAACUGAAAACGCGGAGCAAGACCAGUUUGCGAAAGGGAUGAGAAAAUGUUUUACGAACAACCUGGAAUUUACUCCUGUCCUGAACUGCAGUCUUGACGGUGUGACAGUUGAAUGCAAAGCAGAAGUAUUGAAAUUCUCCUCAAUCAGCUUUCAAAACGAAGCAGUAGUGUCAAUUGACAAAUUAAUGACAUCAGGCGGUCAAGAAACGCAAACGACGGGGGACAUAAUUUUGAAGGCAUUGGACGAGUCCGCAUUUCUAGAGUUAUGUCGAUACAAAAAAAUUGACGUGGGACCCAAGCUCCAGAGACUGAACGAGAACAUAGGCAGAUACUACGUUGAACGCACAUGCGAAAGAGCCACAAAAAUGGACCUACAUGCGGCAUUACGUAAAAUAGCGAACGAGGCAUUUGCCAUCAUGGGUAUCUGCCGCAAAGACCUUAAUAACUUCCUUCCCCCCGGCUGCCACGCGUGCCAUCACAGUGCAGUCAAACAGUUUGAGAGAUGUGUGCUUCUGAGUAACGCGAACGAUUACGAUGCACUCACGCGACGUACUUUCUACGAAGACAGGACAUUCCAUCUGUUGCAGUAUGAUUCGCAAAGAUCAGAGUUCCACUGGGUCACAUCGAACGGCUCUGUGAGACAUCUAAUGAAUGUGACCUCUGCCGCUGGCGAAAUUCGCGGCACUGAAGCCCUCCUACGUGACGUUCCUGAUAAAGUCGUGGCCAUAUGUGGCGAUCCAGGAAUGGGAAAAAGUGUUAUGUCGUUACGGAUGGCCCAAGACAUCAAAGCUCUUGAUGAAAUGAUAUGGGUGCUCCAGGUGGACUUGUCAACUAGGAUUGGAACUAAGCACAUGAAUUUCCCAAACACUGAACUGAGUACCAAGAGAGAAAGUUUGUUGGCUGCCUUGUGUGACAUGAAGGAGGGCACCUUCGAAUUCAAUCUUCUCAAGAGCAGCAUCUCCAGGUCAAUGCCCUUCAGGGUCGUUGUUAUGCUUGAUGCAUUUGACGAAGUUUACGCUGAGAAUCGCGAACAUCUGAUCCAACUAGUGCUUGCCCUUAGUAGGUCUAAAAUCUCGAAAAUCCUUGUGUUCAGUCGGAAUUGCUCUAAGCUCGCACUGCAAGACAAGUUUAGCACAAUAGCUGUCGAAAUGAUUGGAUUCAAAGAAAACGACCAACUGAAAUUUCUGAAAAAGUUUUGGAUACGAAAUGAUCGUCAAAUCGACGACCAGAAUCUGAAUUCAUUCGCGGAGAGGUGCCUAAGCAGGUUCUACACACAGCGACAACUUAGCAUAGCCGCAAACCCGCUGCUGUUGCAAAUGAUCGCUGAAAUAAAUGAACCACAACUCGACCAGUUGGAACUCGUAAACCCAGAAGGGCAGAUAUAUUUACUGGGAGAAGAGACAAGCACCUUAGACAUCUAUGAGAAGUUCGUUGAAAUAAAGUUUAAAAUUUAUUGGGAGAAACUGCCAGGAGGAAGACAUCAGAACAGAAUGACUGCUGCUGGGCAAGAUGAAGAGGAAGAUGCAAAGUCUUCUUUCUUCGAGAGUCACUGUCUUCUUGGCCUCAAGGUUAUUUUCAACGACGAAUGGCUAACCUUGUUGCUAAGCGACGAUGCGCUCGAAAAACUCGAACCCGCUGGAAAACUAAUGAAACGUGUAGGUGUCGGCCAUCUUAAACACGGUUUGGUGGACGGACUCCUCAAUGGAAUUCCUGUCUUUCUGCACAGGACUUUUGCAGAGUUUUUCGCAGCGCACUUUCUUGGUCAAAAGAUAAUGUCCGCAAGAAUCACAGGCAAUAAAGUUAGAAAAUCAGCAGCCAGCUUGUACGGAAACGAUUCGUAUGAUGGGGUUCUCGUGUUCUUGGACGCAAUGGGUGCAAGAUCUCAUCUUCUCCACCGUUACGUCAUGUGCAGUGACCAGCAAGGCGUUAAAAAUUGCGCUGAGCAGCUUUAUGACCACGAUAAUUUUUCAAGAUCAUCACUGCACAUAGCAGCGGUGCAUGCAGAUGAGGACGUGCUGGAUAUUAUUGCUGGGAUGCAGGAUGAAAAAAUGGCCGAUGAAUUGCAAAGGGAAGAUAAACUUGGAAUGACGCCUUUGAUGUACGCGGACAGGAUGCGCGCGCUGCAAAAACUGAAUGUGUUUUGCAAACUAUGCAGUGGCAGAGGCAUCAACUGGGCAAAACAACUACCCAUCGCCACUGAAAACAUUACAAACGAAAGAAACUUUUUGGAUUCAGUGAUACGUGAAGUUAUAGAUCGGGAAUUACAUGAGCUCCUGGAUCGCCUUUUGAAAGCACGUUGCGUUCUGAAGAACGCAAACAAACAACAGGUCACAACGGAUCCUCCGGAGGCGAGAUAUGGGCAGGUUGCUGGGACACGAGUACUUGUAGAUGUCGAUAGCAUCAUAUGCAAUGCAAGACAUGCUCCUAUUUUCCACGCGAGUUCCUAUGAAACGUUCAGAAUUAUGUUACCGUACUCUAACGUUGGAGCUGUUGGCAUCAGUGGCUCCACACUGUUACGCGCCCAUGCAGCAGUAGGAUCUGGGGAUGUAUGCAAAUACCUACAGUUUCACUUUCAACGUGAUUCGUCCGGUGUAACUUCUGCCAGCCCUUUGUUCGCGAGCAUGAUUUAUGGUAAUUUGGACACUGUGCCUGUCCUGGUUCCUCAUUCCGAAACAAAAAGCGCACAUAACGGGUAUGCCGAAACACCUUUGCACGUUAAAGAUUAUUUACUUUAUAACCCCUGGCUAUGUACAGGUACAGAACCAUGUUUGAUUUUUCUUCGGAAACCGUGGUGUAUGGCACUGAAAAGCAAGGCAAUGAAAGAGAUUCUUCCUCACGUGGAUGUCACCAUUCGUAAUCACGAUGGUAACACUGUUUUACACACAAUUUUCGACUCCAUUUCCUGGAAGGGCUUGGUAACUCUCUUCCUUCCCUAUUCGGAUGUGUACGCUAAAAAUAACGAUGGUGAAACGCCACUUCUACUUGCAGCUUCCUACAUGUCCGCAUUCGACAGCGACAGGGACUACGUAAACGACAUGAAGCUACUGAUUCUUCAUUCACCCGUUAAUGCAACAGACGUAGAAGGUAGAACGGCACUUCAUCGGUGCGCUGACAAAGGGCAUUUGGAUGCCAUCAAACUACUGUUUCCUCACUCGUCAGCCAAUAAGCUUGACAAAACAGGAAAGAGCGCGCUGCACUAUGCUCUGGAGGGAGAUGAAGUUGACAUAGUAAAACUCCUGCUUCUCAAUUCCUCAGUGGCAGCGACAGACAGGAUGAUCCUCCGUUUCAGUGCUCAGUGUGACUAUAUAAACAUUGCGAGGUUUCUCCUACGUCUCGCAUCGAGCAGCGCCCGUGAUGCGAGUGCACGUAUGCCACUGAACCGUUGUUCCCCGGAAAAUGGCGUUGACAUUGCUAGUCUACUUCCCCACUUAUCGGCUUCUACAGUUGACGAACAAGGGUCCACCUUGCUCCGUAUUAGCGCAAAACACGGUCACGUGGAAGUAGUGCAAAUGAUUCUUCCUCACUCUGACGCUAAUAUCCCUGAUGGCAACGGUGACAGUGCUCUGCACGUAGUCGCGUGCAAGCGUAGCUUGAAGCGGUCAAAGCAAGACUUGGCUGUGGUCAGGCUGUUGCUUCCUUAUUCUAAGGACUAUACUCAAUUUCAUCCGCUAAAGUACAGAGACCCGGUCCAAAAGCUGCUACACCUCCAUUCACCUGUCGUCAGUUAA